AUGCACAAUGGAGAGCCGCCACCGCCUCCGGGAGUCGUCACGAUGCAACCGGGCUAUGGACCACCCGCUAUGAUGCCGAUGCAGCCAUUCUCUCAUCCGAUUACGGUUCAACCGGGACUCCAACCCGGCCAAGUCGCCAGUCAUAGUGAGUUACAGGAAAAAGCAAAAAAAAAAUCUUGGCGGCAGUGGGAGUCGAACCUGGGACCUCUGGUUCCAUUGACUAGGUCCUCAGCCACUCGGCCAUUCAGUAAUAGAAGUUUUAGUUGGACUGAAACAGGAAAAAAAAUGGCAAAAAAAAUCUUGGCGGGAGUGGGAGUCGAACUCGGAACCUCUGGCUCCAUUGACUAAGUCCUCAGCCACUCGGCCAUCCAGUAAUUAAAGUUUCAGUUGGUUUGAAACAGUAAAAAAAAUAGCAAAAAAGUAAUGGCGGGAGUGGGAGUCGAACCUGAGACAUCUGGUUCCAUUGACUAGAUGCUCAGCCACUUAACCAUCCCGUAGUCGAAGUUUUAGUUGGUUCUGAAACAGAUAAUAAACGGCAAAAAAAAUUAAUGGCGAGAGUGGAGGUCGAACCUGGGACCCCUGGUUCCAUUGACUAGGUCCUCAGCCACUCGGCCAUCCAGUAAUUGAUGUUUAAAGUGGUCUGGAACAGAAAAAAAAUAGCAAAAAAGUAAUGGCGGGAGUGGGAGUCGAACAUGAGACAUCUGGUUUCUUUGAAUAGAUCCUCAGCCACUUGGCCAUCCAGUAAUCGAAGUUUUAGUUGGUCUGAAGCAGAAAAAAAAAAUGGCAAAAAAAGAUGGCGGGAGUUGGAGUCGAACCUGAGACCCCUGGUUUCAUUGACUAGAUCCUCAGCCACUCGGCCAUUCGGUAAUCGAAGUUUUAGUUGGUUCUGAAACAGAUAAUAAACGGCAAAAAAAAAUUAAUGACGAGAGUGGAGGUCGGACCUGGGACCUGGGACCCCUGGUUCCAUUCACCAGAUCCUUAGCCACAUAGGCUCUUUCAGAACCGAUUUUUUAGCCGCAUUCAAAAUUUGAAUUUUUGUCUGAAACGGCAAAAUAGUGAUUUACACGAGUAGGAUUCGAACCCAGGUUCGAUUCGAACCCUUUUCCCGCCCACCAGAGCCUCUAGCCACUCGGCCAUUUGUUCAUCAAUUUGGUGAUGUACAACUCACGGAAAGGCUACAAGCGUAGAGAGUCAGAAAGUUCUAUAUUUGUCAUCGGUGGAGGUAGAGAAAAUGGCAAAAGCAUACUCGCAUGGGUAGGAGCCGAACCCACGACCCUUUUGCUGCCCACCAGAGCCUUAGGCCUCUCGGCCAUUCGUUCAUCUCUUUGCCGGCUAUUGAGAUUGAUUAUACGGCUAUAACCGGGGAGCAUCAGAGCCAGGAGUUUUUCGGUUGAGUUAGAGAAAAUGGCAAAAGUAGAUUCGCAAGGGUAGGAGUCGAACCAAAGUCCCUUAGUCUCUAGACAGCGCCCUAGACCUCUCGGCUACCUGAAAGUUUUCAGCCGCUGUUUACAUGCCGAUGCCGAAUCCGAUCGAAGGUGUUCCUCCCGGCCUCGAAUAUCUCAGCUACGUUGAUAGUUUGAUCGUUUAUCAGGUGAUUUUUCGAUUUUUUGACUUUUUCCCCUUGGUUCUAAGUUCACGAUUUGUCUUUCAGCUCAAAGAACUCAUCGAAAUCGUGACGAAUUGGGAGACCAAGAAUAAAUACGUGCUAAAGAACGCCAAUGGAGACCAGGUAAAAACGAAAAAAGUGGAGAUUUGCCCGUAGUUACAGUAGGAAGACCUGCACAUCUAAGAAAUUAGAAAUUUUUUUUUGCGAAAAAUCCGAAUCCCGUUGCUAAUAGGACUGAGGCUAUGAAAAUAUGAGAUUUUCCCGUAGUUACAGUAGGAAGUUUUUCACCUGCUCAUCUAAAAAAUGACAAGUCUUUUUCGGGGAAAAACGCAGAUGAUUAUAUAAUACGAACUAUGAAAAAAUAAAAAAAUCAACUCCAGGUGUUUUUGACGACGCCCCGUUCACUUUUUCCGUAAAGUUCUGUGUUUUGUGUGCAUGCGCCGCGGCGUUAUUGCACACUAAAUCGCAUCAAAUUAGUUUCAAUUUGAUCAAAAAAUUUUUGUUAAUGGAAGGAAAUGCGAAACCAAAAAACACGGUGGGCGGAGUCAAAAGCUGCUCCCACGUGACGUCAUGGGGACGGCAGAGAUGCGUAAAUAAAAUGGCAUACUAUUAAAGGCGCAGACGGCCGUAUUUGCAAGAGGUCUUUGAGACGAACGGGAUUUUCUGCGCGUAAGCGGCACUGUGCAUGCACACGACACACGAGACUUUACGGAGAAAAAAAAACGCCGUGUGAUCCGCCUCAUGACCGAUGCAAUCGCAGAGGCAUGCGCCUUUAAUAAGCCCUGUUUUCAAGCUCCUCCGCCGUUCUCAUGACGUCACCUGGGAACGGCGGAAGUUAUCUUGGCUCCCCCUUUAUCUUCCACUAGUAAAAACGCCCCUGACCUUUACCUUUUUCUCCAGAUUUACUACGCCUUCGAAGAAUCCGAGUGCUGCGAAAGACAAUGCUGCGGUCCGCAACGCGGCUUCACCAUGCACAUCGUCGACAACUUUCAAGAGGGUAGAUCCAGAACCCCCAGUUUGAAAAGAGAAUACCGAAACGCGUCAGGAAGUCCUGACCCUCCGACGGCCCUUCAAAUGCUGCGGCGGGGCCUGCUGCGGAUGUUGCGGCUGUAUCGGAUGCUGCCAGCAAGAGUGUUCCGUCGAGUCGCCCACCGCGGGAUAUGUGGGCGUUUAUUCUUUUCUCAAGAACUAUCGGAUAGUCUUUUUUUGGAGAAAAAUUGUGCUCCUAGACUGUCAAGUUUCAAAAGUACACAGCUGAAAAAAAGCUACCGUAUACGCAGAAAAGGUCUUGAAGCGAAAUGGGAUCAAAUUCGAUCUUAUUUGGUAUAUGGUAAUUUUGACAGAAAAAAAAUCAUAACAAAAUUGAAUUCUAUUCAGCCAAUUUUCCACGAGUUAAAAAACGUAGAUUGGCAAUGUGACGCGUUGCGUACGCGACGCGGUUUUUUGGCGGGAAGCUCGAGGUCGAACGCAAUCAUGGAAAAAUGUAGAGGAAUACGUUUUUCUUUAUUAUUCACUUUUUUCAUUCAACUCGCCUUAAAAUCCCUAUAUUACGAGGAUAAAACAUAAAAAAAGGCUGGCUCAAAUACCUCGCUAAAAAACCGCAUCGCGUACGCAACGCGUCACUCUUGCCAAUCUACCCAACUCGCCUUUUGAUGGGGGAAGGCCUCGACAAAAUCACUCGGGCCUCGGUAACGAAAAUCGGACGUUUCUGAGAAGUACCAUCACUUAAGAGCGCUGACGCUACUUAAGUGGCCACUAGAAAUGCUCCGACACGCCCGAUUGAAGUUACCAAGGCCCAAGCAUACAACGAGAUGGCUACUUUUUGGAAUUAUAGAUGAUUCACUGCUGGCUUGAGCCAUCAAAAAGAGUCCUGACACAAUAAUACGCAAAAUAUUGCCUGGCUCUUGGAGAGCACAGACAAGCCACGCCCCCUUAGCGUCCAAAGUUGGCCGUGAAUCAGCUAUACCGUAAUUCUUUCCGUCAUUUUGAAGGAUAUUUCUCGAAUAUUUGCCUCAAAUUUGCAGCUGGGCACGAUCCGUCAACGGCAGUCCUGCUGUUCCUCGGCUUUUCCACCUGCUCGACGCAAAUAAUACCGAAAUUCUCAAAGUUUCCCAAGACGAUCAAUUUUUAAAUUUCGAAUCAAUCUUUCCAGAUCGACGGCCCUUGCUGCUGCCUCAUGAUGGGCUGUCAGGACAAAGAGUUCCCGGUAGAAAAAACUGAAGCUUUUCCAGAAAAAAAACCGCUUUUUCCAGGUCUCCUCACUGUCGGAUCAAACGAUCGGAGCGAUCAAAAAACGCUGGGGCGGCUGUUUCCGCGAAGCGAUCACUGAUGCCGACGUCUUCAGCGUCGAUUGUGAGGAUCUUCUGAAGAUUUGGGGAGAAAUAUGAGAAAUUUUGAAAAAAGUGUGAGAAGGGACCCUCAAAGCUUCAAAAUUCGCUCUCUUUCACUUUUUGACCGCAUUUGGAAUGGCUUGAGGUGUAGCGGUUGCGACGCGGCUUAGAAGAGGUGGCUUUGAGAUUCGAGAAGAUUUUAGGUGAACCUUUAAAAUAGCUCAAAAACCCUUAAAUUAGCUUUCAAAUCUUUGAGAGCUUGUGGCCGCAUUCGGAAUGGCUCAAGGCGAUGCGGUUGCGACGCGGUUAGAAGUGAUGGCUUUGAGAUUCGAGAAGAUUUUAGACUAACCUUUAAAGAAGGUCAUGAGCCCCUGAAAGUUGCUUUUGAAUAUCUGUAGCGUCUUUAUCGGAAUUUGAGAGCUUGUGGCCGCAUUUGGAAUGGUUUUAGGUGUAGCGGCUUAGAAGAGGUGGCUUUGAAACUCGAGAAGAUUUUAGGUGAACCUUCAAAAAAGCUCAUAGACCCCUUUAAAAGCUGCUUUCGUAGCAAUUUCUUUGACUUUGAGAACUUUUGGUGGCCGCAUUUGGAAUGGCUCAAGGCGAUGCGGUUGCGACGCGGUUAGAAGUGAUGGCUUUGAGAUUCGAGAAGAUUUUAGAUGAACCUUUAAAGAAGGUCAUGAGCCCCUGAAAGUUGCUUUUGAAUAUCUGUAGCGCCUUUAUCGGAAUUUGAGAACUUUUGGCCGCAUUCGGAAUGGCUCAAGGCGUAGCGGAUGCGACGCGGUUAGUAGAGAUACUCUUGAAAUUUAAAGAAAAUGUGCUUGGAAAUUCCUGCAAAAGCUUCUCGUGAGUUUUUAGAGCCCCUAUGGACCUUUGAGAACUUGUUGCCGCAUUUGGAAUGACUCAAAGUCUAGCGGCUGAUUCGCAUCGGACUCCUAAACGACUUGCGCGCAUGAAAACGUUUUUGAGCGGUUUUGGAGUUUAUAGCCAUUAAUGGAACGACUAUUAGUUCACAAGCCUUUAAUGAUUAUCAUUAGAUGCUCAGGCACACUAGGUUACGGUAAUUUCCAUAAAAAUCGGACAAAAUUUUAGUUCCCAUCGAUAUGGACGUCAAAAUGAAGGCUGUGAUGCUUGCCGCCACCUUCCUUAUUGUAAGUUUCUCACGGUUUUUGCCAUUUUUUGUUGUUUUUGUGGAUUUUUCUGUUUGGUUUCAGUUUCCGCACGCUUUUUUAACCUUCUAACUUUCCUCAAAAUCAGCACCAACUUUUCAGGAUUUUGUCGAGUUCGAGAGCGAAGCCUGAACGAUCUUCUACGUCUUUUUUUUCGAUUUUUUCUUGAUUUUCAAGCUUCUCAUCCACUUUUUUAGUUCUGCACGGGUGUUUGGUAUGUUUCCUGUUCACUGUGCGCUUAAAAUAAGUUUGUUUUCGUGGAGGACCCUUUUAGAAGGGAGCCUAUGCGCCUUUAAAUUUCAAAGUGUUUGGUGACUCAUUUUUCGGUUAUAUUAUCACUUUUCAAUUUUUCACGUUAUGUUUGUAAGUGCACAAAAAUAUCAAGGCAUUUAUUCUAAUUUUCGUGUCGAAGUCUCGUUUGAAGCGCACUUUAUGCGCCUUUAAAUUUCAAAGUGUUUGGUGACUUAUUUUUUGUUUUUGCACAACAAACUUGUAAGAUCUUCGCAUAAGAUGUCAAAGCAUUAAUUAUAAUUUUCGUGUCGAAACCCUUUUAAAGCGCACUCUAUGCGCCUUUAAAUCAAGACGCUUUUUUCGAAGAAUUUUCAAGUUUCAUGAUUUUUUAAUGAUCAUUUUCAAUAAGAAAAUAAUUCACGAAUCAAAUUAUCAUUAAAAAAAAAUUAAAUAGAUCCUUCGAAAAAUGGAAAUUUAAAGGCGCAUGGGCACUGAUUCAAAUGAUAACUUCAAGCGAAAUUAAUUCUUAAGCCGUCUGUGAAUGGAUUAUAGUUUUAACUCGUGUAUUUCAUGCUUCCUUUCAGUUUCCCGCACCUGUCCCGCUUGACUUUCACUAAUUUCCCGGUCAGAUCUCAAUUUGAACAUUUCCAGGACUUUAUGGAAUUCGAAACGCCUCAAAACAACAACAACUGA